GACGUUCGAUAGCGAGACAAGUACCCACUGAACAAUAACAGAUGAAAAUAUUUACGAUUACAUAUAGAAAAGAAGUGAGGAAAUAAGGAAAAAAAAACAGCAACAACAACUACAGCUGAUCGAGCGUCACAAUUGUAUUUGUAUGUGAGAAUAAGUGUAAAUCGUAUAGUUUUAUCAUGUGGUGGUGAACCACGAUCGUAAUUAAUAUGAGCCGCGCAACGUGCGACCUACAAAUAUAUUUAUGCAAAGUCUGGUGGCUGCUGGUGGCAGAGUGAACAAAUAGUCAACAACUGCGUAUUCUUUAUGCCAUGAGCACAAAGGAUGGAUGGAAAAAGCUCGCAAUGUUUUGUCAGGGAUUUGGAUCUGACGCUGCAACCACGUAUAGCACCGCGAUACAAAACUUGGCUUCCCCUUGCUACGCAGCAGCUAAGAUUGAGAAGUCUCGUUCGAGUAAUUGGAUACAACUUGGAAAUUGAUGAGAAACAUGAGACAUGCUGGUUCUACUAUACCUUGCACAGAUCUAGCAUGUCAUCGCCGUUUUACACGAGCGAAACUAUUGACAACGUUAGCGCAAGAUGGGCCAGCCUCGAGGUGCCUACCAUUCACGCAACAGGAUUGUCCGCCGCCAGUGAAAUUGUUGUACGUUUAUGGAGGAGAACGAAUUUGAAGGAUUCUACGUCGGACAUGAGCGUGUUCGCGUGGAGAAUAUCUUUCUCCGGUCUGGCUUAUAUUGGACCGAAAUCACCAUCGAAUUUUCAUACAAUAUUGCGCGACGAUUCGUUGAUAUUUCAUUUGCACGGGGGUUUCUUCGCUCCCUCGUAUUGCCUCAUUAAAAAUUCGGACGACAAGCGAUAUCUUCGUAUGUCGAUACCAGCGAUCGAGAUACGCGACAGCUACACCGUGGUCAAGCUCACCAGUUUGAGAAGCAAAAUGCAAGCGUUGAAACAACAAACCGAAUCGUUACAGACGUUGCGGGAGACAAUAGCCUCGGGUGAUCAAAUCAAAUCGCCCAAGUACAAACAAACCUCGCUCAAUCGAUUGUUACAACCGAAGAAAUUAAGCAGAGAAAAGAAGGCUGAAAUCCUGAGGAUACGAAAGGAACUCGAAGUUGCCAAGUUCCGGACUAAGUUGUUGGAACAAGAGAGAAUAAGAAAAAUGGGAGAAUUGAGAAGCUUGAAUCAAUUGCGUAUGAAUAUUAUGGAGAAGAAUCAAGAUCAUGGCUCGGAGCUCAUGGAAAGGUAUCGAGAAUUGAACAAAGACAUCGAAAGAUUACGGGAAUGGCGUCAGAUACACUCGGAAACGCGUGACGUUUACAUGCAAACAACGUCCAAAUUGGCACACCGACGUCGUCAACUGAUCUCCGAAUUGGGUCUGAUAUAUCCAAUCGAUCAGGAGAAAGAGAAAAAGUAUACCAUCAAUAAUGUGCAUUUGCCUGAUAGCGAGGAAUUAGAAUCGUCGAAUGAUACUCAAGUUGCCGUUGCUCUGGGUUUCGUCGCUCAUACCACACAAAUGAUUGCCAAUUUCCUCAAUGUACCAACGAGAUAUCCAAUCUUGCAUUAUGGAUCCCGUAGCCGUAUCGUUGAUCACGUUACCAAUAGCCUUCCUGACAACGAGAGACAGUUUCCACUGUUUGCUCGGAGCAAAGAUAAGCUCCAAUUUCACUACGCGGUUUAUCUCUUGAACAAAAACAUUGCCCAACUUCGAUGGUAUUGCGGUCUGCCGACCUUUGAUUUGAGAGCGACUCUGCCGAAUUUAACCUCUCUCAUGAUCAAUAUCAAACCAAAUCAGCCCUUGGAUAUUACAAAACGAACGUUAUCCGGGUCGUCGUUGGACAUUGAUAUGGGCGGAAACGGAAAGCGCAACAAUGCGCUAUCUUUGACACCGCCGAUUCAGAAAGGAGCGUUUGAUAAAUGUCCACGAACGCCGAAAUUGGGGAACCAAUUGAGAAAUGUCAAGACCACAUUGGGUUCGUCUUUGGAUCAAGGCCUGGAUAUGCCGUCGUCUUCGCACUUGAAUGUGCUGAGCGUUCAAUCAAAACGCAUUUGUAAAUCGGAGGAAAGCGCGAUAGACGCGACCAAGCAUCUCUCAUUACCUAGUGAAAUAACAAGCAGCGAUGAGACUCUUGACGACACGGUUUUCGAGAAGGACAUUGAUGGAUCGUUGCCUCGCGGCAGCAGCAGAAUCGCCAAGCGCGUACCAACGCGGGAUUUGAUUGUUACCGGGAGAGACAUUGAGAUCGUCAUACCGGUCUCGGUAUCUAAGAAAGAAGCUUUGUCGGACACGACCGAAGAUUCUGCGAGCUCGAAACAGCGAAGUUCCAAUUCUAUAAGUAGUUGCGAAAUGGCGCUGAGCACAAGUCAGAAUGACAUGGAAGAAUGUAGUCCAAUAAGCGGUGGCGGCACCAGUUCCACGAACCUCGACCGAUCAACGAUCAACGGUGACGCGACAUUGAACGAUUAUUCGAUAAAUUUGAGAGAGACCUGCUACCGUGAAUCCGUCAUCUCCAAUGAUAUUGACGGCAAGAGCCUGUCGUCCGGUGAGAGCACCGCCGAUGUUUAUUCGCUGUACGAUCGUGACAAGAGCCAAGAAACCCUCACCGAGCUCGGACAACGUUCGGAAUGUAGUAGUAAUUUAUUGUCAAAAAUAUCUAUCAAUAGCGAAAACACGUGCAUCAACUGUAGCGCGUCGCUGGACGACAAGCGCACUCGUAGUUACGAUUGUAAAAAGACUUUAUCGAUUGAGGUUCGCGGGACAGCUUCCAGCUAUCCGGAAAAUAAGUUGUCCGCCGGCGGUAUGACUGGUUUAAUGACGACGCGCGGCUAUCGAUCGGAUGGAAAAUUCAGAUUGGAUGAGAAAAAUACUCGGGAUGAAUUUGUUGACGGCACUCGCGGAACCGGCUCGAGUCCAAGCUCGAACGAAACUACGGCGGAGUACAGUCAGUUGCUGCUGACCGAGAAUAAUAGAUGCGAGUCAUCAGAAUUCAUUUCCCGCGCUCUCGCUGAAAAGGAUGUCGAGCAACAGGUCAAGUGUGAAUUUCAUGCCUCGACCGACUACAUCGAUUCCAUACGGCGAAGUUCCGAAAGCGUGUUUGCAAGAACCGAAGCAUUGGCCAGUAAACGAACUAGCUUUAAAGUAAUGAAACCCCGUAUAUAAGGUUUUUUUUUUUAAUUUUCAUUCGAGCGAAUUCUCCUCUGUACGCCUUUCCAACCCUUGCAAUUUUCAAUGGUCGUGUGAUCUCGAAUAAUAAAUGACACAUUCGUCGUCUACCGAUAAUUUUUUCUUUGUCGAGAAAGAAAAACUUGAGAAAUAAAACACUGAAUUUAUAUUCAAUGAAAUGAGGGCAAUAUAAUAAUAUGGGCCUUGCGAUGAUUAUUACUCUACUUUACGCGCGUGCUCGAUUGCGUGAUUGAAGGCAGCCGAAUUUGGAAUCAUAUUUUUUUUUUUACUAUUACAAUUGUCUUAAAGAAUGGUAGAUGUCUCAACAAGAGUGUUGUUAAUAAAUAUAGUGCAAUUGACAGUUUAA